AUCGCGAACGUUUUACAAGCCCGUCGCGUUCUCGCCCGCGCCGCACUCUCACACCGGCAGCAGCAAGAGCGGCGAGCAGUGGUGGAUCAGACGCGUGUGUCGUGCGUGCCGGAUAAGCUCGGCGCCGACAAGGCUUUCCCGUGCCAGUCGCCGAGUGGGCAGCGUUCAACCAGCGGCCGCUGGCGAGAGGCGUCAUGGCUGCGACGGAGGACACGCUCGCCGUCGUCGGAGGCGGCCUGGUGGGAUCAUUAUGCGCCUGCCUUCUCGGCAACCGUGGCUUCCAAGUCGACCUCUACGAGUCCAGAGAAGACAUUCGCGAGCAGGAGCACGUGACCGGUCGGAGCAUCAACCUGGCGCUGUCUGUGCGCGGCCGGGCCGCGCUGGCGCUGGUGGGGCUGGAGGAGGAGGUGAUCCAGCGGCACGCCAUCCCCAUGCACGGUCGCCUCAUUCACAACACGGACGGCACUCGCAAGCCCAUCCCAUACGGCAGAAAGGGACAGAGUAUUUUCUCCGUGGGUCGCCGCUACCUGAACGAGGUCCUUCUUUCCGCUUGUGAAGCCAACCCCAACGUGAGGCUGCACUUCCGGCACAAGCUGCAGUCGGCCGACCUGGACCAGGCGGAACUCAACUUUCGUGGCCCCGACGGCAAGGAUGUUCGCGUGCACCACCGCGCGGUUCUCGGCUGCGACGGCGCGUACUCAGCGGUGAGGCGCCAGAUGUUGCGGCGACCCAUGUUCAACUACUCGCAGACCUACAUCCCGCACGGGUACCUCGAGCUCUGCAUACCGCCCACGAAGGACGGAGAGUUUGCCAUGGAGGUGAAUUACCUGCACAUCUGGCCCCGUGGCGAGUUCAUGCUGAUCGCACUGCCCAACCAGGACAAGACGUACACAGCUACGCUGUUCAUGCCGUUCGCCGUGUUCGACGGGCUCACCGACCGACAAAAGCUGUUGAGCUUCUUCGACAAGUUCUUUCCGGAUGCAGUGCCUCUUAUUGGACAGGACCACCUGGUCAAGAGCUUCUUUGCUGUGAAGGCAUCGCCUAUGGUCAUGAUCAAGUGCAAGCCAUACAACGUGUUCGACAAAUCUCUGAUCCUUGGUGAUGCGGCGCAUGCCAUGGUUCCUUUCUACGGGCAGGGCAUGAACGCGGGUUUCGAGGACUGUAGUCUUCUGAAUGAACUUCUGGACGCCCACGGCCACAACUUGAAGGCCAUCUUCGAGGAAUUCACCGAGACGAGGAAUCCUGACGUGGAGGCUAUGUGUGACCUGGCGCUUUACAACUACGUAGAGAUGCGCCACUUGGUGAACUCCACUUCGUUCCUGAUACGGAAAAAGUUCGACCUCUUCUUGAACACGAUCCUACCGAACUUCUGGAUACCGCUCUACACUACAGUUACGUUUACGAGGAUUAGGUACCACGAAUGCGUCAAGAACAGAGAGUGGCAAGACAAGGUGCUGUCGCGCAUCAUGACCGGCACCUUUGUGAGCGUCGCUGUUGCAGCGCUGGCGGCCGGCUUGAAGUGGCUUCAGCUGCACUACCACCUGUAACCGCGGAGGUCAUCGCGUAGCUUGUGCCGCAUCGUGAACUCACCGUUGUAGUUCUCGCAUAACGAAGACGUGUUAUAGCGUGUGCGGGAGGACUUUGACGCGAUGAGCAGUACUCAAUUAAAGCCGUAUAGUCUGUGCUGAUUGGUUAUUUGUUCAAAUGAAUGCGUGAAGGCGCGUAGAAAAAACGAAAAAAAAGGCAGGGACGAGUACAGGAGGUAUACGAGGGUCGUUGGCUCCGUCGAGCUGCCAUUUAGGACAGUAAACGUCAAAGUUCAAAUAAACAUAUGGAGGCGUGUGUGUUUUUUCUUUGUACCUAUUACCAUCCAUUCUCGUCUUUUUUGGCGCCGCUCACGUAUCCGUUGUAGAGCAGUGCUAAUUGCGACACUUCAUGACGUCGUGUUUAAAAGGGGCACGAAAGAUUAGUAUUACGUUAAGCUGGAUUUGUAAGUUGUAGAAAAAAUAUAUACCAUGAGUGUAGGCUUAUGCAAGCCAGAAAAGGUCCGAAAACGAAGCGGCAAGUGGCGAUGCCUUCUGGAAGUUCCCACACUAGCCCUCUAGCUGUGACGUCAUGGAUUUUGAGGACACCUGCCGGCGAGGCUACUUAGUUGUAUAUCCAUUGCAGAAGAAUUACGUCGCACUGUAAAUGAACGAAUGACUCAGCGCAGCAAGUCUUGAGCUUUUGCCGUACAAAAAUAGCGUAAACACGCGAAAAUACUUUGGAAUCCGCGACGUGCGUAUUACGCACGCACCGGCGCUCGCUGAUAUUCGGACUCGCAAUUCAAGGGGGAAAACUUCGCUCUACAUUUUCUACGCUAUGUGAACUACUUUUACCCCAAAUAAAUGCCAGUAUUUCUUUAUCAAUAAAAAAAAAGAGCUCGAUUAUCACUGUUCGCGUUGAACGGACACCCUUCUAAAUAAUCAUCAAAAGUGUCUGCGUGUGGUUUCCCCCGUGUUCUUUGCCGAACAGUGUACACGCCUUAUGACGUUUUGAGGAACGGUGCGAGAACUGGAAAUAAAUCUCUUGUUGA